AUGGAGUCGGAUCUGAAGGAUAAGAAGGAUAUGAAAGAGGAUUUAAAGGAGAAGAAGACUGCGGCGAGCACGAAGCAGAUGAUGGCUACAGUCGAAGAAGCCUUCAAGAAAUGGGACAUCACGGGAGAUGGAGCCAUUAGCAAAUAUGAGCUCCACGCUGCCUUAACGCAGCUUGGAAUGACCGAAGCGCAGGUGGACGCAUGCUUCAGAUCAGCCGAUCUCAGCCGGGAUGGCAUUUUGCAAUACGAGGAGUUCUUGGAAUGGGUCUUUCGAGAUCCUGGUGUUGCGCCCUUGCAAGAAGAAAGCGGCGCCGUAUCUCUUGGACACAAGAUCCUGGUUAGGAUCGGGGUUUGUUCGACCACUCUUCAAAACCAAAGAGAAUGUCAAUGGGUGUUCCGACUUUGUCUUAAAACACCUGCUUGCCUAUCGGAAUUUCUUCCUGCUGUUUUCAACACUAUAUCGGCAUAUAUUCCAAAUUGUCCAGGUCCCAGCCUGACUGACAAGGUGAAAGAAACACAAAAACUCAUAACACACAGAAGACAAUGUUCAAUCAACAAUUGUUCGUUCAAACACGCCAGCCUCACUUUGUUGAUGCACCCUUUCCUCAAACGCAACGUUCACCAAGUGGACACUCCUGAAAGGUCCAGCAAUAUUGCUUGA